ACGACGGCAGCGUUCCGAUGGAAGUGCUUCGAGGAGAACGAGGAUCGCCCCGCCAAGCCUCGUUGCUUUGGCGUCACCGAGAUUCGAAGACCCCACUACACUCUCUUCUCCCACAACCUUCUUCAGGAUAUUUUUGAAUCUGUGGGAGACUAUGUUGAUGGGUUGAAGUUUUCUGGAGGUUCUCACAGCAUGAUGCCAAAGGCUACUAUCAAGCAAGCCAUUGACAUGGCCCAUCAGCAUGACGUGUACGUUAGCACGGGUGAUUGGGCUGAGCACAUGGUUAGCAAAAGUCCAUCAAGUUUCAAAGAAUAUGUAGAGGAAUACAAGCAGUUGGGGUUUGACACAAUUGAGCUCAAUGUGAGUUCGCUUGAGAUUCCUGAAGAGACCUUUUUGAGAUUUAUCCGCUUGGUCAAAAGUGGUGGUCUUAAAGCUAAGCCUCAUUUUCAAGUGAAGUUUAAUGAGUCUGAUAUCUCUCCUUUAAGGAGGAACUUAAACAAAAUAUUGGUUCACCAUCCCUUUGUAAGUUUUUCCGCAGAAUUUGUAGAAGAUGUGAAUCUCUUGAUCAGAAGGGCCGAGAGAUGUAUAGAAGCAGGUGCAGACAUGAUAAUGAUUGAUGCUGAUGAUGUUAGCAAACAUGCAGAUAACAUGCGUGCGGAUAUCAUUGCCAAGAUCAUAGGGCGCCUUGGUAUUGAGAAGACUAUGUUUGAAGCAUCAAAUCAGAGAAUAUCCGAGUGGUUCAUCAAACAAUAUGGUCCAAAUGUGAACCUCUUUAUUGAUCAUUGGAACGUGGUGGAUGUGGAGUGCCUCAGGGGACGCAACUUGGGUAAAAAUCUUGCUUCUGUCCUUGGUUCUUCAGAUUUCCUGUUCUGAAGUUAUGGCAAUUUUCGUAUAGCACCAAGUGGGGAUUGAUUUGUUUGUGUAUAAGGCAAGACUCGAGUUUUGUGUCACAUAUUUCCUUUUAGUGACUGAAGAUUGGGAAAAUUUAGAUGGAGAGACUGAAAUAAAUGAAACAUAUCUUUCAUUUAAUUUAUUUCCCUUGUUAAAAUUGUCUUGGAUCAUUUCCAUUGCACACAAGUUAAGGACAGGAUUGCGUGAGUGGCAGAUCCACACUUGAAUGAGGGAGUGCAUAUGCUGCCCUGAGU